AUGCGCUUGCCACGAUGGGCGGCGUAUCGCGCGGAUCCAGUGACGCCGACGGGCGUGCGAAGGGAAGAAAGCGGGGAGGACCUGCGCGUCAGGUCAGAGCCGUGGAGACGGCCCGCGAUCAGCAACCCGUGGAACCUGGCAGGAGGCCAGCGCGGGAUGGAUGGAAGGCGUGAUAACGCCGACGACGACGGAUCCCCCACUGCGCGGGGCGGCGGAAGGCGUGACGCGGCCGACGAAGACAGAUCCCCCACUGCGCGGGGCGGCGGAAGGCGCGACGCGGCCGACGACGACGAAUCCCCCACUGCGCGGGGCGGCGGAAGGCGUGACGCGGCCGACAAAGACAGAUCCCCCACGGCGCGGGGCGGCGGAAGGCGUGAUAACGCCGAUGACGACGCAUCCCCCAAUGCGCGGGGCGGCGGAAGGCGUGACGCGGCCGACGGCGACGGAUCCCCCACUGCGCGGGGCGGCGGAAGGCGCGAUGCGGCCGACGACGACGGAUCCCCCACUGCGCGGGGCGGCGGAAGGCAUGACGCGGCCGACGAGGAGGAGUUCCCCACUGCGCGGGGCGGCGGAAAGCGCGACAUCGCCAACGAUGAGCAGGAUCUCCCUGCUGAGCGAGAAGAAGGAAGGCAAGGGUACAAGAACAGGGAUGAAGGGGAGCGAGUCCGACGCGAAAUGGCGCGGGAGGAUGACGAAGAAGACAGGAAUGGAGAGCGCUCACCUGGGGGACGGUGCGAAGAGGUCGGCAAGCAGAUCGGGAACAGCGGGAAGACGAGCGGGACUACGAGGAGCGACACCAGCGAAGCCCGCCUAGGUGGGAGCGGGGGCGCAACGGAGAAGGAGGAGAAAGGGGCUGGGGAAGGCUUUCACCGCACGGUUCCAGAGCAGAGGGAGGAGGUCAGCAGCGGAGGGAGCAAGAGCAGCAUCGCCAGGAACGUUCGCCUGUGCAAAGAGAGAGGAGAUGGGGUGAUCAGGAGGGGUACAGGAAGGACCGCGAAGAUGAUCGGAGGAGGGGUGCGAGUCCAAUUGAAAAUAGAAGGCUACGACAACACGGAGAGGGAUCGAGUGGGGCAAGAGCAGCUCGUGAGGGGCUGGAGCGAGCACUGUACGGGACAAGCACGGGAAGCAGAGGAGAGAAGGGGAGGCAGCGAGGGGCUGCUUUGUCAGAUCGGGGAGGCUCUGGGAGCUGGGAUAUGGGGAGAUGGGGCACGACGGCAGCGCCACGGCAGUGAAGCCGUGGGGCGGCGCAGCGGGGCCAGGGACGGAGGAGGGAAGCAAGUGAGGAAGGUGAGGGCCUGGGCAGUGGCAGAAGGGGAAGAGAAGGACGAGCAGGUGGGGGCAUGGGCAGCGGCAGAAGGGGAAGAGAAGGACGAGCAGGUGGGGGCAUGGGCAGUGGAAGAAGGGAAAGAGAAGGACGAGAAGGAGGAAGCGGGGGUGUGUGAACUAGGAACAGUAGACACUGAAGGGGAGGACAAGAAGGUGGGGGCAUGGGCAGCCGCAGAAGGGGAAGGGAAGGACGAGAAAGAGGGGGCAGGGGCGUGCGAACCAGCAGCACCAGAAGCGGAAGAGAGGGAGGAGCAGGUGGGGGCAGGAGCGUGUGCACUAGCAGUAGCGGACGUUGAAGAGAAGGACGAGCAGGUGGGGGCAGGAGUGUGUGUUCCAGCGGCGGCAGAAGUGAUGGGGCAGGACGAAAAGGGGAGUGACGCGAAGUUGGUGACAAGGGGAGUUGCGAAGUUCAUUGGGAAGAGCUCAAGGCGCCUCGAGGGACAGGAAAUCGGCAGCGGCCAAUCCACGGCCCAGGCCACUCCAACCCAACCCGGUUCGUAG